CAAACACUUCUACUUUUUAACUCUAAAGCAAAGAAAGCAAUUGCCACUAGGGUUUUGAGAAAAGCUUAAAAUGGCUUCAAAACGAUCAGCUUCCAUGACCCUCUUUUUGGCACUCAUCAUUCUCUUCUUUUCCCUAGUCAGUGCUAUUUGUCCAUCCUGCUCUUCCUCCGGCUCUAACCUCACCUCCACUCCAUCUGCACAAGUCAGUUGCCCUAUGGAUAUCCUCAAAUUAGGUGUAUGUGCUAAUGUGCUUGACUUAGUCAAUGUCACCGUUGGCUCACCCCAAGUGUCACCAUGUUGUUCCCUUCUCGCUGGCCUUGUCGACAUCGACGCUGCUACAUGCCUUUGCACUGCUAUUAGAGCUAACAUCUUAGGCAUCAACCUUAAUAUCCCCGUUUCCCUUAGUUUGAUUCUCAAUGCUUGCUCAAGGAACGUUCCUACUGGCUUCCAAUGCUAAUUAAGUCAUUAUUGUUGUCUACCUUCUUUCUCAUCUUUCUUAUGGUGUUUGUGUUUGAUUUUAAAAAGUUAUAAUUUCUCGUAUUUGCAUUAAAUCAGUGUUUUCAUCUGUAGCUUUGUUGUUUUAAUUUCCUUGGGGGAGAUUGAUACAAAAUAAUAAAUCUAAUACUUUUCUAUCAA